AUGGCUUUGACACAUCUCACAAUUGUGCCUCUCUCGUUUGUCGCUAACUCAUGCCUGCAUUCAUCCUCCUUGUCCCCAUCUGUCGCCAUCGCUGUCCCCACAGGCACCCCUGCAUGGAAGAGGCACGCACGGCUGCGCACAGCUGCUCGCAACACCACGCCUGCACCCUCGGUUGCCAGCGCUGCUGGCGCUAGUGGUGCCGCUGCCAGUGCUUUCACUGCCAGUACUGCUGCCCCUGCUUCUGCCACAGCCGGUGCGGCCAACAGCCCUGCUGCUGCGGGGUCAAAUCAAGGCAGCUCUGCCACUCACCUGUUUGCGCCCUCGCCAUUCACUGCAACCCCCUCACGUUUCCCCGGAGCUCCCUCCCCGUUUCCUGCAUCUGAAAUCCCCCUGGCAUCUCCUCCUUCCUCUACCCCACCGCCUCCUUCCGUGGGACUCACUCCAUUCGCGGCGGCUCUACCAGACCCCGCAGCUGCAACUGGUGGUGUUGGUGAUGUAGCGCAAUUAGCUGAUGGCUCAAGGAAGGGAGGCGCUGUGGUGAAUGGAGAGGCGUUGAGCGCGGCUGUAAAGGCGGGCGGCCUGCCGGCAGUAAAGGCGGGCGGCCUGCCGGCAGUAAAGGCGGGCGGCCUGCCGGCAGUAAAGGCGGGUGGCCUGCCGGCUCUUCAUGGACUCUCGCUCUCCUCAAAUUCGUCAGUUUCUUCCGCACUGCUGCCUACUUCCCGUGUGGUGGAGGCAGGGCGAGGAGGAGGAGGUGGAGGAGGCGGAGAGGGAGGAGGAGGUGAGGAAGGGCGGGAGACAACGCCGCUUAAGGAUCUGGCAAUGGAAUCUGUCACUUGUGCUGCUGCUGCUGCUGCUGCUGCUGCUGCUGGUGGUGGUAUUACUACUGGUGGUGCAGGUGGGACGGGCACUGCCUUCCAUUCUGCUGCAUCCCACAGUGCAUCCACUCCCCCUUCGUUCCUCUUCUCGGCCUCUCCCACUCCCCUCUUCUCCUCUUCUCCUGUUCCCCUCUUCUCCGCGUCUCCUGUGCUUGCCUCUCCUGGUCUGACCAGCACAGUUGCUCCCCCUCCUGGUGCCAUCAACAGCAGCAGCGGUGGCAGUGGCAGCAGCAGCAGGCCAACGCCUCUGUUCCGCAGGGAGGAGUUUCAACGGCUGAGAGCGCAGUUGAAACGUCGGGAUGAGAUGAUACUGGACAUGCAGGCGCAGAUGAAACGGCUGGAGCAGGAGAAGGAGCGGAUGGGGAGGAGGAUGGAAGGGGGAGAGAGGAAAGCGGAGGGAAGGGAUGCGUCUGUGUCUUCGCCUGCUGCUUCCAAUGCUGGUGGGGGUGCUGCUGCUUCUAAUGGUGCUUCUGCUGAUGGUCCUGUUGCCACUGCUGCUGGUUCUGGUGGUGGUGCUUCUUGUACUGCUGCUGCUGGUCCCUCUUCUAGUACGCUGCAGCUGCAAGGGGAGCAGCAGGCAGCAUCGGAGAUGGAGAGAAUCAAAUCCAAUCAGAUCGAAAUAGAACGGAUGGAGGCAUUGCUUGCAGCUGAGAGGGCAGCGAGGGAGGAAGCCGAGACACGGGCGAGGCAGCUGAAAGCUGACCUGGAAAAGCUGGCUGCUGAGCUGGCAAUGAAAGUGGCAGGCGCAGUGGAGCAGAGGAGAACGGAGGGGAGGGAGAUGAGAGUGGGGGACAGCGAGGGAGAAAAUGAGAAGCGUGGGCUUGUGCGUGGGAAGGAGGGAGGGAGAGCAGGGGUUGGGGAGGAUGUGGGCUCAAAUAUGGUGUGUGGUUCUGGGUGCGAGAGGGGCUGUAGUAACAGCACUCACAGUGACGAUGGGGGUGGUAAAGAGGUGGAGAAAAGUGAGGAGGACGGUGAAGGUAGGAGAGAUGGAAAAGGGAUGGAGGGGGAGGAGGAUGUGGAAAGGGAUGGUGAUGGUGAUGGUGAUGGUGGGAAUGACGGUGCGAGUGAUGGUGCGAGUGAUGGUGCGAGUGAUGGUGGGAGCGACGCUGCGGGGAUGAUAGCAGAGGCAGUGGCGGCGGUAAUGGAGGAGGCGAGGGAGGAGAUGGAGCAGGUGAAGGCUGCUGCCCGCGCUGCUGCUGACGAGGCUUAUGCUCAAGGGCGGGCGGAGGGGAGGAGAGAGGGCAGGGAGGAGGCGUGGAGGGAAGGGAUGGAGGAUGUGAGACUGGAUGGGAGAAUUGCGGGGAGGAAGGAAGGGAGAGAGGAGGGGAGGAAGGAGGGGAGAGAGGAAGGGAGGAAGGUAGGGAGAGAGGAAGGGAGGAAGGAGGGGAAAGAGGAAGGGAGGAGGGAAGGGAGAGAGGAAGGGAGGGCAGAAGCGAUGCAGAUUGCACAGGGGGAGCUGGAGGAAGCUGCGAGGAAGGUGCGUGAGCUGGAGGAGCGAGUGGCUAGAGCUGAAGACAUGGUCCUGAUGAACAGUAAAGAAAGCACCAGGACCAUGUGCAGCACUGGUUCAAAGGAUACAGCUCCUGCUGUUGUUGCCUCUGACGUUGCAGCAGCAGCUGUGGCGAGUCUAAAGUCACUGGAGGAGCAAGUGAGAGACGGGGAGGAGAGGGAGAGGGCGUGGCAGGGGAGGUUAGAGGCAGCAGAGCAGGCAAGAGACGCGUUGCACGCACAGGCAGUGGCUGCAGCCGAAGCUGCGACUGCUGCUGCUGAGGCGGUAGCAGCAGCAGCGGAGGGUGAGGCGGCAGCAGGGAGAGAGGCGGUUAGAGGGGUGGCGAGAUUGUUUGGGGAGGAGAGGAGGAGGUGUGAGGAGUUGGAGAGGGAGGUGGAGAGGGAGGGGAGGAGGUGUCGGGAGUUGGAGGGAGAGGUGGAGAUGGAGAGGAGGAGGUGUGAGGAGCUGCGGGAAGAGGUGGAGAGGGGUCGGGAGAGGUGCAGGGAGAUUGGAGAGGAGUUGAGGAGGGAGAGGGAGAAGGGGGAGAUGGAGAGGUUGAUCGUGCAGCAAGAGAGGGAAGAGAGGGAGAAGGAGAGGGAGAGGGCGGAAACGCAGGCAGAGGAGGCUGGGAUUUUUCUGCAACAGUUUGAGCAGUUGGCUGCUGCUGUGGUUGAUUCAGUGGUGGCUAAGGUGAUUUCUGAAUCAAAACAAGAGGCUGGGCUUGUGCUGCAGCAAUUUGAGGGCCUGGCUGCUGGUGUGGUAGAUGCGGUGGUGACUAGGGUGGUUUCGAAGUCAACUGAGGAGGCUGGCCUUGUGCUGCAGCAAUUCGAGCAUAUGGCUGCUGCUGUGGUUGAUACGGUGGUGUCUAGGGGCAGGGAGAGGAAUGGCGAGGAAGAGAGGGGUCUGCAGCAUGUGAGGUGGGAGAUGCGAGAGGGAGGGGCAAAAGGAAGCAGAGCGGAAAAGAAGAGGGGUGUGAGGGAGAGUGAGGAGCUCAAGUCACGUGUGAGUGAGCUGGAAUCCAGGAUUCAGGACGCUUUUGAGAAGGAAAGGUAUGCAAUGGAUAUUGCAGCGGUCGUCUUGGAGUCAAUGGUGGGUGAGGUGGUUAGAAAGGCAGUGGUAGCACGGGCUGAGACAGAAGCGGAAGUGUCUGAGAGGGAAAGGUAUGCGAUGGAGAUUGCAGCGGUUGCCUUGGAGUCAGUGGUGGGUGAGGCGGUUGCAAAGUCGGAGGCGGAAGCUUCAGCGAAAGAGAGGUAUACGAUGGAAAUCGCAGCAGUUGCUUUGAAGUCAGCGGUGGGUGAGGCGGUUAGGAAGGCGGUUGCACGGGCUGAGAAGAAGGAACAAGAAGCUUCUGAGAAAGAGAGGUGUACGAUGGAAAUUGCAGAGGUUGUCUUGCAGGCAGCUGUGGGUGAGGCAAUUACGAAGGGGAUGGUAGCACGGACUGAGACAGAAGCGGAAGCUUUUGAGAAAGAGAGGUAUACAAUGGAGAUUGCAGCAGUUGCCUUGGAGUCAGCUAUGGGUGAAGCGGUUAGGAAGAUGGUGGCACAGGCUGAGAAAAAGGAAGCGGAAGCUUCUCGGAAAGAGAGGUUUACGAUGGAAAUUGCAGCGGUUGCAUUAGAUUCGGCGGUGGGUGAGGUGGUAACACUAGCACAGGCUGAUAAGGCAGUAGAAACUUCUGAGAAAGAGAGGUUUACUAUGGAAAUCGUGGGGAUUGCGCUGGAAGGGGUAGCAGAGGCGGCAGUUAGCCAGGCUGUGACCAAGGCAGAGGCUCGGAUGCACGAGGCUGAGAAACAGGUUCGGGAGAAGGUACGGGAGGAGCUCUGGGAGCAGCUUCGGGAGGAAGUUCGGGAAAAGGUUUGGGAGGAGGUAUGGCCCGAAGCUGAGCAGAAGGCUCGGGAGAAGCUGAAUGCUGCAUGGGCAGCUGUUGCCAAAGCCGAAGCUGCUGUGGAGGCUCGGAGUGCUGCUGUGGUGGAGGAGGGGCGAGUGAGGAUGGAAGAGAGGGUAAGACGGGAGGAGGGGCUGAGGGAAAGGGAGGAGAGAGUGAGGGAGGGAGAGGAGAAGUUGGACGAAGAUGUGUGGCUCUUAGAGGAGGCACUUAGGCGGCGGGACGAGCAACUGCUGCUCUUAGCUAAGAGGGAGGAGGAGGUGAGUGGAAGGGAGGUAGAGGUAGGGAAAAAGGAGGAGGAGAUAGCACGGAGAGAGGAGGAGGUGAGGAGGGGAGCAGAGGAGGCGAGGAAGGGAGGGGAGGUGGAGAGGGAAGGAGAUAUGGGGGAUGGGGGAAUUGAGGUGGGGAGGGCAAUGGAGGUAGCAGCAGCAAGGGAGGCUGCUCGUGCUGCUCAUGCUGCUGCUGCUGCGGCCGCGAGGAGAGUGGUGGAGGAGAGAGAACGGUGCAGAGAGCUUGGGGAGGAGUUGGAGAGGAGGGCAGAGAGGGAGGAGGAGAGAGCAAGAGGGAUGGUGCACGUGGGGGCGGUUGUUCUUGAAGCUGCUGUGGAGGAGGGUGUGAGGAAAGCGGUUGAGAGGGAGAGGGGGCGAGAGAAGGAGAGGGAGAGGGAGAGAGUGAGGGAGAGGGUGAGGGUGAGGCAGAAGGAGAGGGAGAGGGAGCGGGAAAGAGAGAGGGAGAGGAAGGGGGAGAGGGUAAGAGAAAGGCUGCGUGUAAGGGAACGGGUGAGGAUGAGAAUGCGGGAGAGGGAGAGGGAGAGGAGGAGGGAGAAGGAGAGGGAGGAGGGUGGAGGGGAGGUUGAGGAAGCAUGUUUGCGUGUGAUGGUGGCUGCAGCUAUCGAGGCAGCUGCAGAGCAGGCUGCUGCCUCGGCUGUAGCGGCAUCUGUAGCAGCACAGGGAUCGGCGGCUGCAGCUGUAGCAGCGAAGAAUCGUGUAUCAGGCUGUGCAAUGGAUGAAGGGGGAGUGGGGCUGGAGGAAAGGAAAUGGACGGAGGAUGAGGAAGGACCUGAGGAUGAUGGAGAGGCGGAGACGGAGGAGGCAGAGGGGGGGGAAGAGGGGGAGGAGGAGGCGGAGGAAAAAGGGGAGGGGGAUGACGUGGAAGGGGAGGGGGAUGACUUGGAAGGGGAGGGGGAUGACGUGGACAGCAUGCUGGAGGAGCUGCUGGGAUUGGGUGAGCAUGGAGGGGCGGAUGAGGAGGGCGAUGGUGGGGAAGAGGCGGAUAGCAGGCAGAGCAGGUAUGUGGCAUGCAACGGUGGUGGCAAGGCUGGUGGCUGCUGGAAGUGCGACAUGGUGAGUGGUGCUGUCCGUCAUGCUCACGCCUUGGGCACGCGAAGGCGGCAGGUGCGGCCCGUACGCCUGUUUGGUUCGGGCGAGGAACGGAGCGCAACAGCGACUGAAUCUGUCCCCUUGGAAGAGCCACAUUUGGACGAGAUAUCGCAGCUUCUGCAGAAGUUCAGUAUAGGAGCCUCCAAGGACGAAGGCCAUACAAACUGA